GGCCGCGAUGCGACGAGGUAAAAUGCCCUGGAAAAAGACACGAGCUCCACAGUGAGACGGCCGACCGGAAAGUUGACGCUGUCGUGGAAGACGGAAAAUAAUUCAAGGAGAGCAUUUAAGAUCAAAGCAAUCUUUGGGAUACCGGAGCUGUGGAGGAUUUUUGAUCUCUUCCAAAAAAACGGAGAAAAAAAGGAAGAAAAACAGUCCACACUCACGGGCUGAGAGCGAGGACGGGGGGUGAAGCUAAAAGCCCACAUCUGUCCUGCCAGCAUCACAUCACUCAUCCCCCAUCUCCAAGGAAAUGAAUCCAUUGGUGGCAAAGCAGAUGUCAGUCACCAUCAGUUAAAUGUUAGUAUUACUGGAGCGGAAAGUGCUUGGCUGGCUAAAGAGGAAAAAGAGGAAAGGGCCUGUUGAAGGUGCUGGAAGAUGUCUCUCUGGAUGAUACUGCCCGUCAGCCUCCCAGUCCUGAGCAUCACUGGGAUCUGGGUUGUAUACGCCAUGGCCCUGUACAACCAGCAUGUCUGCCCUGUGAAUAACUGGUUAUACAACCAGUCAUGUGAAGAGGAGCUGUAUUUGCAGAGUGGGCCCUCCUUGUGCUGCACGUUGGAUAAUGUACCACUCAUCAGUAAAUGUGGGACUCUUCCCCCUGAGAGCUGCUUCUUCAGCCUUAUCUGCAGUAUGGGAUCAUUCAUGGUUAUGGCGAUUGUGCUGCUCCGCUACGCGCAAGUCAUUGAGAAGCAUCGCAAUUGUCUUCUCAACACGGCAAGUCUUUCCACAGGCUGGAUCUGUGCUGCUGGACUCAUCAUGGUGGGAAACUUCCAGGUGGAUAAUGCCAAAGUCCUCCACUAUGUCGGAGCGGGCAUCGCCUUCCCCACCAGUAUGCUGUUUGUGUGCCUGCAGUCGGCGCUGACGUACCGACUAGCCAAGACCCAGGGGGAGUACAGCGUGGCCCACCUGCGGCUCUGCAUGACCCUGCUGGCCUUCGUAGCCUUGGUGCUCAGCGGUGUGUUCUUCUGUCAGGAGAGCUUCGCCCUGCAGCACACCUCGGCCAUCUUCGAGUGGGUGUUCUGCGUCAUCAUCAUGCUGUUUUACGGGACAUUUGCCUUUGAGUUCGGCAGCAUGUCGGGGGACACCAUGGUGGUUCUGGCCGGAGGAGGCUCACUGGGAUCUGCUGGGAGAGGACACAAAAUGGAUGCACUGGGAGCCCUGGGAGGACCCAUUUCACACUCGCAACCGCAUCCACACCAACCUGAAAACAUGUCAAUGCUGUAGCCAUUUCUAGUUGCCUCAUAGUUGCCUUGUUUAUCGCCUUCGAUUCCCGGCUGUCCAAUGACUUUUUAUUAUUCAUUUUCAGCCUCAUUCAUCUGAAACUUUGAAACACAAAACCAGGCCAGUGCAGCAGCUGUUCACAGCUGAGUGGGUGUAUAUCUGUCGCCACCGUGGAGAGCUCAUUUGGACUUGUUUGCGUUUUGCACGUUGCACAAGUGCAACAUUACAAUUUGUCUCAGCAAAGCCCUGUCAUCAGUGACCAAUAGCGGAGGGGUAGUUUGUCAGCCAGAUGAUGAAGAUGUACUUUUCAUGCUGAGCUUGAAACGCUGGACUGUUUCCUCGAAGGUGACGGCCGUGAUGCUUUCAUUUGUAUGCAAAGGGUUGAGGCUGCUGGACGGCCCAGUUGACAGUAUUACGGUGGUGAGACUGAGGGACGAUGACGAUGUUUGAAUCAGUCCUGGAGACUAGCAGGGCAGCAAUCUGCAAUCAUCUACACCGUAGUCAAGCAAACUUGCUGAUAAUAAUGAUAAUUCUGAUCCGUAAUCCUUUAGGUUUUAUAGAUGUUAGCUGCUUUUACCCAUAAUUCUGUCUGGAUACUCAGCUGUAUGCUACCUUCAAGCCAAAGACUUAAACCAAGGUUAAAUAGAAAGGAAAUAUUUUCUGAUGGAAAUUCAGAUAACAACGUGCCUUGAUGAUGCGUUUGUACAUAAUUAAAAAGCAAAAGUCUUUUCAUGUAGCUCUAAAGUAUGUUACAUUUAUUCUUGAUCUGCAGUCACAAAUCUGCAUGUCUGGAAAUAUUUUUUUUAAAGCUUCCUUAGUACCCACUCUCAGAAUACAUGAUAUAUUUGUCAUAUUUGUUCUCACUGUAGGUGGAUACUGAAUAUAAAGCUGAGGUGGUGGCUUAUGUAUUACAAUGAAAAGGUGUAUCUUUCCUUACCUUUUUCUUAUUUUAAUGAUCAAUACACUAGAAUGAUGCUAAACUUGAAAGAAAAUGUUUGUUUCAAUUUCUUGUCUGCGUGAAAGAGAGCAUCCGGAGGCCAAAUACGUACUCACUAAUUCAAGCCAGAGCACUCGGUUUAUUGAGUUUAGUGACAAGACAUCGCACAUGUUUUCAGGUCCCAGCAAUGGAGCUCAGCAUUUUUUUAUUUCCCAUCAUGGAAGGAGGACAAUAUGCCCUUUUGGUUUACCUGUUUGCAUUCUCUUUGGAGCUCAGUCCUUCGUGUUGCGUUUUCUGUGUUUCUAGCUGGUGUUUUGGGACCAAGUCAACGUGAAGAAUUUUCUAAUGCAAGACAGGAUUGGGAGUUUUACCUCUUUGUUGAUUUUGUUACACCCCCAAGCAUAGGUUUACACCGUAUUCUCUCUAACAUUUCUUAUGAUAUUAUGAUAUUUUAUUGGGGGACAGCAAUAAAAGCAGAGGUAAAACCAAUCACUGACUGUUCAAAGCUGACACUGCUAAUAAUCGGGACAUAACAAAGUUUCAACAGCCGUUACAAGAGGUGCUACAUGCAAAGAAUCUCUUACCUGGCUGAAUGUAUACUUUCAACAAGACUGAACUGGAGGAGUGUGUCGCGGCUGCACUGUGGAAUGAGCUGGAAGGCAGAAGCACCAGCUGCACUGCUCACAUGCUUCUCUCUGCUGGUCAAACAGCUUAUUGCAUGACUUCACGUAGAAGUCAGAGAUGUGGCUUUGCAGCUCAGCACACAGGAGGCUUGCCUUUCUGCUGGAGAAAUUAUCCCUUUUUUGUGUUCACAGCUAUAUCUAUUUAAACAUUUGUAUUUCUUAAGAAGGCCACAUUCGUAUAAAAAGAAACAAACUCCAUCCUGCUCUGACUUUCAUUAUUCUAAACCACUCACUACUUUGACAAUGUGUAUUCCUGUGCCAGUUUGCAGUAAACCUUUCACACGUUCUGUCUGAAUAUGGUGCUUCCUGUGCUGCUCUUGCAAAAAAACCUUGUGCCAUUUCACACAGUAUUUACCAAAAGUGCUUGAUUUAACUGUCAUCUAUGCACAAGUCAGAUUCCCAUUCUGAUUUGCCUGCUAUACAUCCUGCUAUUUACAUCUUUGUCCAUGUCAUGUGUACCUGUUUGGUCCUUGCACUCAGGAAAACGUUCCAACACCAGCCGCGUUCUUUCAUUCAGAGCAGAAUCAAAACUGCUGCCUCCUGUUGAGUUUUAAUGGAACUUCAACUUGUGUAGUUUUAUGUAUUAUAGGUGCAUCUGCUUCUUCAGCUGUAGGACAGACGUUAGUUAUUAUAUAAUAGAUUAUUUUUGUUAAGGAAGUUCUGUAAAGCUGAACAGUUAAAUGACUGAGAUGGUUGCUUUUGAGAAUCCGUACGCUGCUCGCUCAAAGACCGUGAAACAUCUGCAAGAUCCCUGAUGCAAUCAGUAGAUCAUUGAUGAGGGCAUUUUGACAAAGUAACCAGCAUGUGUAAGCCUCACACAAAUCCCAAAUACGGUACCCUAUUUUUUUGAAGCGUAAAAAGCUCCCUGUGCCUUCUGUGUUACAUUGAUAACCAAAGAGGUUUAGGUCGUACAUUCUAUUUUGGUGCAAAGUCAUUUGAUUGUAUACACACUGUAUAUUCCUUAUGGUUCAAAAAAAUAAAUGCUUUAAAGGAAAUCUGAAGUUUGAACUUGAUGAGUUGCAUCUCAAGUGUUUUUAUUUAUUUAUGUUAUUAUUUCACCCCUAUGAAGUUUUAAGUUUUACACCUACAGGGCUAUUAUUUAUUGUGUUAUAACUAUGUUGAUAGAGGGUG